CUAGUAUGAAAUAUCAAUGCAGGAUUCUGCUUUUUUUAGCCUCCUUGCGCCCUCUAGAGGAUUAUAGCCGCUGGUCUCAUGGUUAAUAGUAACAUUUGGGAGCAUUACACACACACACACACAAGCUCACUGCAGUCCCUCAAACGCUGGGACAAAGCCUAACAUUAUAUGUUAGUUCACUGAACAGGACCUCACUGCAAGAAUACUCGUAUCUGGAUUUGGAGAGUGCUAUUUUAAGAAGUGAUCCAUAUUUUUGGUGGGGUCUCAGAAAAUUCUGUCCUCGAUGGAGCCAAUUUGUGCCACAGGGGUCGCUGCUCGUUUGAGGAGCGAAUGGGAUCGAAAUGAGGGAUUGGGUCAGAACAAUAUGGCCCUGAAGUUCUUGGGCCAAGAUUUUGAAACCUUGCGUGCCCGUUGCCUUCAGAGUAGAUGUAUGUUUGAGGAUGAAACAUUCCCAGCCCAGCAGACUUCCUUAGGAUUCAAGGAGUUGGGCCCUGGCUCUGCAAAAACCAAAGGUGUUCGCUGGAUGAGGCCCACGGAGUUCUGCACUGACCCACACUUUAUUGUAGAUGGGGCCACACGCACAGACAUCUGCCAAGGGGCUCUAGGUGAUUGUUGGCUGCUGGCAGCCAUCGCGUGCCUUACCCUCAACGAACCCUUGCUGCAUCGAGUAGUGCCUCAUGGCCAGAGCUUCCAUCAGCAAUAUGCAGGAAUCUUUCACUUCCAGUUUUGGCAGUUCGGGGACUGGGUGGAUGUGGUGAUUGACGACCGGCUGCCUGUCAGAGAUGGGAAGCUGCUUUUCGUCCACUCAGCUGAGGGAGCGGAGUUCUGGAGCGCCCUGGUGGAGAAGGCAUAUGCAAAGUUGAACGGCUGCUAUGAGGCUCUAUCUGGAGGCUGCACGUCUGAGGGGUUUGAGGACUUCACCGGUGGAGUGACAGAGAUGUAUGAGCUGAAAAAAGCUCCACCCAACCUCUUCAGCAUCAUCAGAAGAGCUGUGGAGAGAGGCUCCCUGAUGGGCUGCUCCAUAGAUAUUACAAGUUUCUUUGACAUGGAGGCGAUCACCUUUAAAAAACUGGUGAAAGGCCACGCAUACUCUAUUACUGGAGUGGAAGAGGUGGAGUACAGAGGAAAGCUCACAAAGCUGUUGCGCAUCAGAAACCCUUGGGGAGAGGUGGAGUGGAUGGGACCCUGGAGUGAUGAGUCAAGGGAAUGGCGUGAAAUUGACCCGUCUGUAAGGUCCCGUCUACACAACUGCCAAGAAGACGGAGAAUUCUGGAUGUCAUUCGGUGACUUCAUGCGAGAGUUCAGCAGACUAGAGAUCUGUAACCUGACGCCGGAUGCGCUACAGAGCAGAGAAGUGAAGAAGUGGAACACAUCCCUGUAUCCUGGAGAAUGGAGAAGAGGAAGCACUGCUGGCGGCUGCAGGAAUUAUCCAGCAACAUUUUGGAUCAAUCCCCAGUUUAAAGUAGUCUUGAAGGAACCAGAUACCGAGAGUCAAGAAGACUGCACUUUUCUCGUGGCCCUGAUGCAGAAGAAUCGCAGGAAGUUACGUCAGGAGGGAAAAGACAUGGAAACGAUUGGAUUUGCUGUUUAUGAGGUCCCUGAAGAGUAUCUGGGCCGGGUGGGUGUGCAUCUGAAGCGUGAUUUUUUCCUCACCCACACGUCCAGCGCUCGUUCUGAGCUCUUCAUCAACCUUCGAGAGGUGAGCUCGCGUUUCUGCCUGCCAGCGGGGGAAUAUAUCAUCGUCCCCUCCACCUAUGAGCCCCAGAAAGAAGGAGACUUUGUGCUGAGGGUCUUCUCUGAAAAGGCUGCUGACUCUCAGGAGCUAGAUGAUGAAAUUUCAGCAGAUGUACCCGAGGAGUCUGUGCUCCAGGAGAGCGACAUUGACGAGGGCUUCAAGGCGCUUUUUGCAAAGUUGGCAGGGCCGGAAAUGGAAAUCAAUGUGUCGAAACUCCAGAUGAUUCUGAACCGGGUUGUUGGCAAACAUAAAGAUAUAAAGACAGACGGAUUUGACAAAGAGGCAUGUCGAGCCAUGAUCAAUCUUAUGGAUACAACUGGCACUGGAAAGCUGCGACUGACAGACUUCCAUGUGCUCUGGGAGAAGGUCAAACGAUAUCUUGCAGUGUUUAGGCAGUUUGACUUGGACAAGUCGGGCACAAUGAGCUCUUAUGAAAUGCGUCUCGCGCUAGAAUCAGCAGGCUUCAAGUUGACCAACAACUUGUUCCAGCUGAUAAUCCUGCGCUACGCGAAGCCAGACCUCAAUGUGGACUUUGACAGCUUUGUGUCCUGUCUGAUCCGCCUGGAGACUAUGUUCAAAACUUUUAAAUCAAUGGGCGCUGAUGAAAAUGGAUUGGUAUCCUUCAGCUUCACCCAGGUUAGUCUUAACUGCUCAUUAGUAAUUAGACAUUUCAGUAGCAAAUGCUUCCUUGUCUCUAGUAAUAUAUGUUUGCAACAUUUUCCCUCCCUUUUGUUUUCUUCCUGUCUUCUUAUAGUGGAUCACCCUCACUAUGUUUGCUUAGAUGGAUGUUCCUCUUCCUCUGUCCUUCCUUCCUCUGCCUCCUGUAUCCUCAUUAGUAUUCACAAAGUGGGUCCCUGACUGACAAUAAGGAACUCAUACUAUCAGCUAUAUGACACCAUUCAGUUUUCAUACAGCAUGAGAGGAAAGGAAAGCAAACACUGAGAUGCAACACAACAGCCAACCGAAUAAACUCAGAAAAAGCAGUGUUUACACUACAAUACAAGAGUUUUGGAUCAGAAAGAUUUUUAUUUUAUAUGUUAAUACUUCUAGCAGCCUUGAUUAUCCUUUUGACCCCAAACUUUUGAAUGAUAGUGUAUAUAAAGUUUACAUGCAUGCAAACAAAUAUCUGAGCGCAAGAACAGUUGAACUUACGUCACUGUCGUGUAGAAAAGUACUGUGAAUCUGUGAAAUGCAGAGAGCGAGUGAACUGACCUUUCUCUUCGGGUCACCGUGUCACUUAUUUUACCUGUAAACCCGGAUCAUUUUUAACACUUCCAUAGACAUACAGAAGAGAAGAGCAAAUGCUUAUCUGAUAAUUAAGGAGAAGUUGCUACGGCCCAAGGAUUGGUCAGAAUCGAGGCUUAAACGAAGAGUCAGUCAUUCACAGCUCUAUGCUGAGAUCAUCUCCUGUGACCUUUCACCCUUGUGCCUUGUUUCCUUUCAUUUGUGUGCUUUAAAAGUAGUGAACAAUAUUUAUCUUACCACAUUGCCUUAGACAAACUGUUUAUGCAAUGAUUCUCAAUAUGUAUUAAAAUAAAGCCUCACAAUUGCAUUGUAAA